UUUCAUUUCUCGUUGCGAACGGUUGUGCGAUUUCGUGCUCGUGUAAUUUUAUUGCAUUUAGCUAUUCGCUCUUUCACAAGUCGAAAUCGGAAUAUUAUUUAGCUCAUUGCAUCUUAUACGCAUAUUCGUCGUUGUCGGCUUUAUGCAAUAUUGAAUUGAAACCCAGAAAUGAUGUGUAUAUAUGCAAGUAUUAAUAUACAUAAAGUGCUUAAAACAACAAUAAAGUGAUGUUAAAAGCAUUUAAAUACAAAAGUCAACAAAAAAAUCUCGAACAAAACGCAUACGUUGUCUGUGUCGGUUGCGGUAGAACGAAAUCGAGUUAUUCUCAUUUACAAUUCUUAUCUAAAUGCAACACUGUGAACCAACACUAACAUAAUGCUGUUGAAAAAGAAGCGAUAUAUGUGUGAAGAGCAGGACGACGCUAUUGACGUCGUUGCUGUUGAGGCAAGCAACAACAGAAACACCAACGCGAACAACAACAGCAGCAGUAGUUAUGGAUCCAACAUGGCUGAAACACGCGAAGUCCGAAUUGAAGAGCAAUUAAAAGUGAAAAUUGGUGAAGCAAAAAAUCUGAGCAGUCGAAAUGCAGCAAACACAAGUUGCAGCACUCAGGGCACUCGAGAUGUAUACUGCACCAUUGCCUUGGAUCAGGAGGAAAUAUGCCGCACACCCAUCAGUGAACGCACCCUGUCGCCUUUUUUUGGCGAGGAGUAUCAGUUCAAAAUACCGCGUCGAUUUCGCUAUCUAUCUGUCUAUGUGUGGGACCGGGAUAUGAAGCAAGACAAGCCAAUUGGCAAAAUAGCUAUCAAGAGAGAGGAGCUGCACAAGUACAACCACAAGGAUCACUGGUUCUCGCUGCGUCCGGUCGAUUCCGAUUCAGAGGUGCAGGGUAUGGUGCAUAUUCAAGUGACCUUCGAGGAGCUUCCUCAGUUGCUAACAGAAAGCAUCGAACUGGUCCAGCAUUCGUUGCAGCAUCAUCCGCAUCAUCAACGUGCCCAUCUGAAUGACUACAAGGAGAACAACGAACUAAGCAACAUUCAGCGAACUGCAGCUGCGGCAGCAGCAAGUGGCGCCAACUCUGCGGCCAUGACACUCAAGACUCGGGCGGCAGGCCUGUUUGGACAUGUGCCCCACCACCAGCAGCAACAGCAGCUGCAAUUACAGGCGCAUCUGGCAGCAUCCUCCACGGAUCAGCUGGCCAAUUGGAAGAAUGCGCACGCCAGCAAUGUGCGCGUGGCAAUUCGUGUGCCAGCGUGCAUAGAUCUGGCCAAAAAGCAGGGCACCUGUGAUCCCUUUGUCAUCUGCACGGCCUACUACAGCAACAAGCAGGUGAUUACGAAACGCACUAAGCAACGCAAGAAGACCGUCGAUCCUGAGUUCGAUGAGGUCAUGUACUUCGAUCUCUCCAUUGACUCUGAGGCAGGCAGCACGGGCACCACGAAUAGUAACAAAUCUGCUGCGUCGCUUGAAUCCUCAGCGAAUAAGGCCUAUGCGAUUUACCCACUUGGCGGCGCUGAUCUCUGCGAGAUUGUUGUCACGCUUUGGCACGACGCUCAUGGCGCUAUGACAGAUAAGAUAUUCCUGGGCGAGGUCCGUCUCCCGAUGCUCAACAAUCAACAGCAGCAGGCGGUACAGCCAUCUGCUUGGUAUUAUCUGCAGCCGCGCACCACGACGAACAGUUGCCGUUCCCUGAAUGCCACACCCCGUUCCUGCGCCACGCCACCUGGUACUCGACUCAGCGUGGACUCCACAAUUGGAUCGUUACGCCUGAAUCUAAAUUAUACAGCAGAUCAUGUAUUUCCGCUUGCCACCUACGAUGAUUUACUUAACUUGCUUCUGGAGUCGGUUGAUCAGCGGCCUAUUACCCUAUCCUCAGUGUACAUUCUCGGUGAACUCGUGUCGGGCAAAACGGAGGUGGCGCAGCCCCUAGUACGCCUCUUCACGCAUACGGAGCGCAUUGCGCCCAUUAUCAAAGCCUUGGCUGAUCAUGAAAUUUCGAAUCUGACCGAUCCCACGACCAUUUUCCGUGGUAAUACACUCGUCUCCAAGAUGAUGGAUGAAGCAAUGCGGCUAUCGGGUCUUCAUUAUCUGCACCAGACGCUACGUCCGGUGCUAUCACAAAUUGUUGCCGAGAAGAAACCAUGCGAAAUUGAUCCCAGCAAGGUGAAGGAUCGCUCAGCUGUUGACACUAAUCUGCACAAUCUCAAGGAUUACGUGGAGCGCGUUUUCGAGGCUAUCACUAAAAGUGCGGAGCGUUGUCCCAAGGUCCUCUGCCAGAUCUUUUAUGAUUUGCGCGAAUGCGCAGGCAAACAUUUUCCGCGCAAUCGCGAGGUACGCUACUCGGUGGUUUCUGGCUUCAUAUUUCUGCGAUUCUUUGCACCCGCCAUACUAGGUCCCAAGCUUUUUGACCUGACCACAGAGCGACUGGAUGCCCAAACGAAUCGCACCCUAACGCUCAUCUCUAAAACGAUACAAUCGCUGGGCAAUUUGGUCAGUUCGCGAUCGUCGCAGCAACCCUGCAAGGAGGAGUACACCGGCGAGUUGUACAAAAAAUUCUGCACUGAGAAGCAUGUGGAUGCGGUAAAGCACUUUCUCGAGGUCAUCUCAACGCCAAAUGCCUGCGACACGCCUAGCAAACAGUUGCAGGCAAUGCCGCAGCUGCCACUAGAACCAGUAUUACUAAAGGAGGGCGAGGGCAUGAUGACCAAAUAUCCGACAUGCCGCAAACGCUUUGGACGCCAAUUUAAGCAACGUUACUUUCGCCUGACAACGCACUCGCUAAGCUAUGCCAAGUCGAAGGGCAAGCAACCCAUCUGUGAUAUACCACUUGAGGAAAUCGGAAGCGUGGAGCAAUUGAAAGACAAGAGCUUUAAGAUGCAAAACUGCUUCAAGAUCGUGCACAAAGACCGCCCGCUUAUUGUACAAACGACGAACUGCGUGGAGGAGCGCGAGUGGUUCGACCUACUACAUAAGAUCUGCCUAAUGAACUCCAUCCGGAUGCAAUACUUUCAUCCCUCGGCAUUUAUCAGUGGCUACUACAGCUGCUGCGGCCGCUCAGAUGAGAAUGCGCCAGGCUGCAAGAACGUCUCCGCCAAGGAAAUGGACUACUUUCAAAUGGAUUUGGUUACCGCUCUCGAUCCGGCGCUCGAUUUACAGCGCAUACACACGCUUAUCAUGUCCAAUAUGAAUCUGCUGGACGCUCUGCUCGACCCGCUCGCCUACCAUCAGCAUCUGCCCCUGCCACAGCACAGCCAACAGCAACAACAACAGCAGCAGCAGAACAAUCCGCUGGUCCCGCUGGCCAGCGCCCUACAACAGCAGUCGCCACAAGCCUUUGUCGAGUUUAAGAAGACGAUCGAAAAGCUGCGCGACAAGGCCUACGCGAUUGACAGGGAUCAUCGCGACUACAAGCAGGACAUAACACGGCAGCUCAAGUACGGCAGUCGACAGGCUCCAAUUGGCGAUGAUAACUACUGGCACAUGAUGCGCGCCGCUGGUCAAUUGAAUUUGCAGCAUCAUCACCAACAGCAACAACAGCAGCAGCAACAGCAACAACUGCAGCCGGUGCUGCCCCAAAUGCAACAUGUGCGAGCACUUCCAGCAACAACGAACAGCAGCAACAGCAACAUUAAUGUGAACGCCUACUUUAUGCACAAUCUGCAGCACCAGCAGCAGCGGUUGCAGCUCCAGCAGCAGCAGCAUCAACAUCAUCAACAUCAACAGCAGCAGCAGCAGCAACAACUGCAAUAUCAGCAGCAACUGCGCAACCAGCGGCACAAUAACAACAAUAACAUAAACAACAAUAGCUGUGGCAAUGCUUCAUCGUCCAGCCCAUCGUCUACAGCAUCAAGUGUUGUGGCAGCCCCACCCAGCAGUGUAACAAACGCCCCCGUUGCUGUGGCAGCAACAGCUGCUGUGCUGCCAAAGCCAGCGCCGCCGAUUUAUUAGCGUUCAAGAUUAUGCGUGUUUGCCAUACCCAGAGCGAUAAUAUUGACUCGGUGAAUGCGCAUAACUGUUCUACUAUUGCCCCCUUCAGAAACACACACAGACACACCCACCCACACACAAACACACUCACACUCACACUCACAUACACAUAAAGGUACUUCGAAACACUUCCAACAGCAACAGAUGCGUUAAGCGUGUGCUUAUUUUAAACUACUUUUUUUUGUACGAAUUACAAGUUUAACGUGUGUAGAUCUAAGAUUUUUUAAUUAACUAUUUUUAUACACAUUUAUAUACUAUGGAGUAACAAACAAGCGAAAUCUAAACGUUUAAGCCUAUUUAUUAUUCUUUUGUAUUUAUACAACACACACAAAUUUUUCUACUUUUAUUUUGUGUAGCAGAAAUAUCCAUA